AUUGUGAAGAAUGUAACUGGCUGUCAAUCACAAGCAAAUAUUCAAAUGUUUUUUAUUUUAGCUGGGCGCGUAUUUCCACAAUAUUUUAUAUUUGUGCCAAAAUAUUAGUUUAAAAUUUUAUUUUAUAUACUUUUGAUAUGAGUAGAAAUUCUGAGGGAAGUUUACAUAUGGACAGUACCUUAGAAGAUGGUGCCUGGUUAGAUUCAUUUGACAAGCUAUUGGAGCCAAGACCAGUAUUGCGUGAAUUGAAUAUUUUGAAAAAGGAAGUACAUGCAUCAUUUAAUCGAGAUUCAAGUGUUGAAAACAGCAUAAAUAGUAAAGCCAAUGAAUCUGAUCUUUUGAAAACGACCCAAAUUUCUUUAAACCUUGAAGAUAAAGCUCGCAAAACCAGCUCAAUUUCAACGCCUGAGGUGCAUCGUGGCUUCAAAGUUGAUCCGUUUAAAUGCUCUUUAUCGCCAAUAGGUGCUUGGCGACUGCUAUAUUUUGAUAAAGGGAAGAACGCUGUUAAUGAUCGGGAAUUGUGUGUUGUGAAUGAAGACAAAAGCUAUGUAAAAUGCACACCAGUGAAACCCACAAUUACUGUAGUGGACUACGAUGAACCGGAUGAUCCUACAGCACCUAAAGACCAUGAUGUUGCUUCCACAUUAGGUAAAAAGUUAAAACGGACAAGAGUUGGCAUACGCGCAACCAAUUCAAGGCAUGUAUGCUUUGAGCCGGUUGUUGAAAACUCAUUAGGGAAAACGUUAACUAAGCCGUCGUUAGAUCAUACAAACCAAAAGCACAAAGAAAUUACGGAGCAACGCAUUCCAAGUCUUACACUGCAACCAGGAAAAUGGCGAAAAUCGUUCAGCGUGUGGCGACGAAAACAAGUUGAAAAACGGUCAAGUUCCUUGAUCAACCGGCAAUCGGGAAAUCGCAACACUUCUGUAGAGUAUAUCGGCUUUGUUGGCACUGCUGCGGGUAAUAGAAAAUCUAUAUAUUUAAAAAAGGAAUUCGAAAGUCGUGUAGUUGAUGCCACACCCGUAACCGAUGAUGUGUGGGAAGAGAAAGUUUUGGAGCGUUGUAACCAACAGACUCCUCUGCCAUUUGAAGAAUUGUAUUCUGCUAAUAAAAUGCCUUAUUGUGUGAAAAUUGGUGAAGGAGCUUAUGGAGAGGUAUUUUUAAAUGCAACAAGUAAACGUAAGAUGACAGACGCAAGUAGCACUGUAAUGAAAGUUAUACCGAUUGAGGGCAAAAUUGAAGUUAAUGGCGAGAAACAAAAAACCUAUGAGCAAGUAUUGACGGAGGUAGUCAUAUCGAUGGAGUUAGCCAACUUACGUAAAGAUAUAGUAAACAUGACAAAUGGUUUUGUGAAUGUUAAAAAGGUUGCCUGUGUUAAAGGAGAAUAUCCGCAGCAUUUAAAAAAAUUGUGGGAAUCGUUUGAUGAGGAAAAAGGUUCGGAAAAUGAUCAUCCAGAUAUCUUUGAUGCAACACAAAUUUAUAUAGUACUAGAGUUGGAAUUUUGCGGCAGAGACUUAGAGAGUUUUCAAUUUCAAAAUGCUGAACAAGCAUACUUUGCUCUUCUGCAGGUCAUACUCACACUAGCUGUAGCUGAACAAGCAUAUCAGUUUGAGCAUCGAGAUUUACAUUGGGGAAAUAUUUUAAUACUAAAUACAAAUAUGAAGGAGUUAAAAUUUACAUUAGACAAUCAGGCAUACAUUGUGCCUACAAAGGGGGUUAGAGCUACGUUAAUCGACUAUACACUUUCACGUAUGACCUUUGACAAUUGUUGCCAUUACAAUGAUAUCUCGUGUGAUGAAGAGCUUUUCACUGCCACAGGUGAUUAUCAAUUUGACAUCUACCGUAUGAUGCGUGACAUAUUAAGCAAUAACUGGGAAACUUUUGAGCCGCGCACUAAUAUAUUCUGGAUAUCAUAUGUCAUUACAAAAAUGGUUGAUGGCGUUCAAUAUAAAAAUAAGCGCACUAAAAUACAUACCACAUACUAUUCAAAACUAGAAAACCUCUUCGAAAUUGUGUUGAAUUUCAAAGGCGCCAUUGAAUGUGCAAAAUAUUUAAUGAAUUCAGAUUAGAAAAUUUAUUGCACAAUUCUUUAUUUUUAUAUGUGGCUAUUAAAAUGUUUCUAAUCUAUUUCAAUAAUCCACUAAGCAAGGUGCAUGGCAACAUGAAUUACACAUGUUCUACGCACACAUAAUUAUUACUUCUGAACGAAUUUCUUAAGUUACCUGACAGAAGUAAAAUAUAUUCUUAAUAAUUUUUCUGAAAUUUUUUUCACUUAAAAUCCAGUAUUUUUUUAUAUCCAUUUUAGAUAUCCUCUUAUAUUUUUUUAAAUUUAAUAUAUGUAUGUUUGAUUAUAAGAAAGUUCAUACAACUAAAACCCCGUUUUUUAGUCACAGGUAUUCAAAUUAUUUUUGCCCUAGACUAAAAAAUCGUUCGUAACUAUAAGUUGAGUAGUUCACUUUGUGGUGAUAAUAUGUUACAUAUGCACAGACUUACUUUUAUGUGAAUAUUGAUAUUGUUGAAUAAUGCCUUGCUUAGUGGACUUAAGGUUUGAAAUUUUGAUAUUAUUUUAAAUGACCUUUGUGUAUAUUUAAUGCAUGUGAAGUUCUUUUAUUUUACUGACCAUUUUAUUGCAAUAAUAUACUGCUGUUUACUGGUGUUU